AUGGAAUCGGAGGAACGAGACCAGCAAACACUGACGGAGGAGGAUGGCUCCAGAAUCACGCGGGAUAGGAGCUGUACUGAGGAGGAGACUCUUUCUCGGGAGGGGAAGAAGCCGAAGGGUGCAGCGAUGGAGGAUGCUACAAUGGAUGAAGCCAUGCUUGAGGAAGGAGGUGGAGUGCCUGCUCCAAGGAUGUGGAAUUUGGUAAGUCCUUUUAAGACUAUUGAUUUAGAUAAUGGAUACCUCAUACUGAGGUUCCAUGAUGAUGGUGAUUAUAGGCAUGUCCUAGAAGAAGGUCCUUGGAUCGUCAAUGACCACUAUGUGGUAGUCCAAAGGUGGAGACCUUUUUUUGAUCCAUAUGACGAAAGUGUGAAGAAGAUGGCCGUUUGGGUAAGGAUACCUGGUCUCCCAAUUGAACUCUAUACGGCUCGCUAUCUUUGGCGAAUUGGCAACAUCUUUGGCCGCACCCUCAAGGUAGAUAGGAAUUCCUUGAGGAAGAGUGAAGUUGGUGAGGAAGUGAUCACUGAGAGGGGCAAGUUUGCACGAAUCUGCGUUGAAAUAGACCUGAGGAAAAGCCUGCUAUCCAAGUUUGUGAUUGGUAAUAAAGUGUACCCGGUUGGAUAUGAAUGUCUUCAUUUGUUGUGUUUUAAGUGUGGGAUGUAUGGGCACAAGAAGGAUAAUUGUCCUGAAGCUCAAACUCAGUGCAGUCAACAUGUGGUUACCAAUGUGGUGGACCAGGAAGAAGCAUUUGGCAGCUGGAUGAUCAUCCAGAGAAAUCCUAGGAGCAGGAAGCUUAAAGCUAAUCCUGUCAUCCAGAAUAAUGUGGUGGGGGAUCAGAGUGCCAUUAAGGUUUCAGCAUCCCCUGUGCUAGAUGCUGUGACUGUUUUGCCGGUGGAGGAAGCUGGGAAACAGAGGCUGGAGGUACAAAGUAGUACAAUUCAUCCCAUUAAUGAGAUGGGAUCCAUUGAGGACUCUAUGGAGAUGGACAACAAUCGUGUCAGUCUACCCAAGGAGAUUGUGGCAUCUCGAUCUAGUUCACAGAAGAAAUCUAAGAAAGUAGAGAAUGGAGCCAGAAGAAUUGCUUCUAAGGAAGGAAAGGAUAAACCUAAACUUGGUCCUAAGUCAACCUUGAAGAAAUCUGGCACUGAAAAUGUCUCUCCAAAUUCGGUGCUAGAGGGUGUGCACAAAGGAUUGAUCAAAAACAGAGGAAAAAGCUUGCCCAUUCAAGAGGCAGGAGGUACUAAUCUCUUUGGUGGUAGGAAAGACUUCAGUGAGAAUCCCUUACUGACCAAAGGAGUUGGUAAGAAAUGUUUCCCUGCUCUAGUUAGAGACUUAAGUUUCAGAUUCAAAGUUAGUGUUAUGGCCCUGUUGGAGACUAGGGUUGGUGGGGUUAGAGGUGAGGCUAUUAUAACGAGGCUGGGUUUUUCUAACUUCUUUAAACAGGAUCCAAUUGGGUUUUCUGGGGGCUUAUGGAUCCUAUGGGAUGGUAAUAAGGUGGAGUUGGAUGUCUUACAUACACACUACCAGUUUGUUCAUACUAGAGUUAAAUACCUAGAUUCAAAAAAAGUUGAUUUGGUGACUUUUGUUUACGGUAAUCCUAGGAGGUUGGAGAGGAGACUCCUUUGGGCUGAAUUGGAAUCAGUUAGUACUUUGAUAACUGAUCCCUGGCUAAUACUAGGUGACUUUAACUCUGUCCUUAAAGCUUAUGAGAAGGUAGGAGGUAAGGAUGUGUGUUGGGACAACAUGUUUGAGAUGCAUCAGAGCUUAUUAAGGCCACUUCUUAUUUGCAACAAUGGUCAAUCUAGACCGGGAGAAUUUUCCAGGAGCUUCAAGUUUUUGGCUGCCUGGCUAACUGAUCACAGGUUCUAUGAUCUGGUCAAGAAGAGCUGGGAAAAGGAUGAUAAUUGGAUAACAGCCAGGGGCAGGUUUGAAACUGAUGCAAUAAAGUGGCAUCAAAAUGUUUUUAAAGAGCAUAUGAAACAGAAGAACAGGCUGUAUUCUCGGCUAAAUGGGUUGGAUAGUUACAAGUAUGGGAGAUUUGAUCAUAGCACUGAGGUUUUGCAGAGCCUUUGGAAGGAGCUCCAAUCUAUUUUGGUCAAGGAGGAACUGACUUGGUAUCAAAGAUCUAGAUGCCAAUGGCUCAAGUUUGGGGAUAGAAACUCUAAGCUUUUGCACUCCUUCACUUUAUCUAGAAGAAGACACAAUAUGAUAGUGACUUUGAAGGAUAAUCAAGGCAAUUGGAUAGCAGAUACUGAUUCCUUAAUAAACUUGGCUGUUUCCUUUUACCAAGAUUUGUUUAAAGCUGAUGAGGAGAGGCAUGGGGAAUUCCCAAUUCAGAAUGCUUUUCCUAGCUUAACUAUUGUUGAGAAAAGGUUUCUGUUCCAGAAACCUAGCAAGGAGGAAAUCAAAAAGGCUGUGUUUAGAAUGGGAAAAUUCAAGGCCCCUGGACCAGAUGGUUUGAAUGAUUUGUUCUUCCAAAGCCAGUGGGACACUAUAGGAACAUCAGUGUGCAAGAUGGUGGAGGAGACUUUUUAUUGCCCUGGGAAGGUGAGGGAAAUCAAUGGGACCCUUAUUUGUUUGAUUCCAAAGAAGGAUAGUCCCGAGAAUAUAAAGGAUUUUAGGCCUAUUAGUCUUUGUAAUGUUGUCUAUAAGAUCAUUACAAAGACUAUUGCAGAAAGGUUGAGGAAUUUACUGCCUAGGAUUGUAUCUCCUAAUCAAUCCAGUUUCAUAAAGGGCAGACAGGGCACAAACAAUAUCAUCAUAGCUCAAGAAUUUAUUCACUCGAUGAGAUCCAGGAAAGGUAGAAAAGGUUGGAUGAUGGUAAAGGUGGAUUUGGAGAAGGCUUAUGAUAGGCUUGAUUGGGAUUUUGUUCGGGAAACUAUGAAGGAUGUUGGAUUUCCUGAAUCUCUUACUGACCUAGUCUAUAAUUGCAUAUCCACUUCCUCAAUGAAUCUGUUGAGGAAUGGUGUGAGAACUAAGGCUGUUGUUCCUGGGAGAGGCAUUAGGCAAGGGGACCCUAUUUCCCCUUACCUAUUUGUCCUAUGUAUGGAAAGAUUGGGCCAUCUCAUCAAUGUGGCAGUGGAGACUAAAGCUUGGAAACCAAUUUUAUUAAGGAAGAAUGCCCCACCCAUUUCUCAUUUGUUUUUUGCAGAUGAUAUUAUUUUGUGUGCUGAAGCUAGUUUGGACCAAGCCCAUGUGAUGAAUCAAGUUAUGAAAUUAUUUACUGGGGCAUCAGGUCAGAAAGUAAGCAAGGACAAAACCAGAGUUUUCUUCUCCAAGAAUGUUUGUCUAGAAAGAGCUAAAGAAAUCAGUGCUUCUCUUGGGAUUGGGAUUACUUCUGAUUUGGGGAAAUAUCUUGGUGUUCCCCUUCACCAUAAGAGAGUCACUAAAGGAACUUUCAAGCAUGUCUUAGGGAGAGUUCUAGAAAGAUUGUCUGGCUGGAACCUAACCUCUUUGUCCUUGGCUGGCCAUUCUGUCUUAGCCAAGUCAGUAUUAGAAGCCCUUCCAGCUUAUUCAAUGCAAUCAGCAAGCUUACCUGUUGGUGUGUGCAAUGAAGUGGAGAAACUGACCCGAAGUUUCAUUUGGGGCUCAUCCCAAGCUAAAAGGAAGACUCAUCUAGUGAGUGGGAAACGAAUUUGCAAGGCUAAGAAGGAUGGGGGCUUGGGAUUCAGGGAUCAAAAGCAAGUGAAUAAGGCUUUUUCCAUGAAACUGGGUUUUGAGGUGCUCACUAACAAAGAGGAUCUUUGGAUCAAAGUCCUGAGGAGUAAGUAUAAGGUUGAAGAGGUCUUCAGUCUUGUGCUACAAAAGAAUAAUGUUAUUUCUAAUACAUGGAAAUGCAUCCAGAAGGCUUGGGAUCUGAUGCUUGAGGGGACCAGAACCAUUAUUGGGGAUGGUACUAAUACCUAUUUCUGGACUGACCGGUGGGUUCCCAAUGUGGGAAAAUUACUGGAUCAUGUUGUUACCAUUAUCCCUGAGGAAGCUAAGUGUUGGAGGGUGUGGGAUUGUGUUAGGGAGGGAAGCUGGGAUUGGAUCAAGCUGUCACCACUUCUGCCUAAUGAGAUUCUUGAUGCUAUAGGGUCCCUGAAUCCACCAUCUGAAUUUGAGGGACAGGAUAGAGUGAUUUGGACCUCUUCUAGCUCGGGUCUUUUCACUAUUAAAUCUGCCUAUGAUUAUUUGUCCAGGUCUGAUUAUGUUGCUGGUUCCAGUAGGUGGGACUUGGUUUGGCAUUGGGAAGGUCCACAAAGGAUCAAGUUUUUUCUCUGGCUAUUGUUUGGGAAUAAGCUCCUUACUAAUGCUGUGAGAGUAAGGAGAAAUAUGACUAAUAUUGCUGUCUGCCCCAGGUGUCAUAGCAGUGUGGAGGAAGAUAAUCAUGCGUUUAGGCAGUGCUCCUGGGUUCGGGAGGUUUGGAAAUGCUGGGUUGAUGUCAGGGAGUUGGAGGCUUUUCUGAGUGAUGAUAUGGAGGAUUGGAUAACCAAAAACCUUGAUAGGGAUAGAAGAAACAGUAGUUGGAGAUUGAAAUUUGGAGUCAUUUGUUGGUUUAUUUGGAAAGAUCAAAAUAGUUUAGUGUUCAAUGAGAAGGGAUCCUCCCUUCAGGAGAUUUUCUCUCAAGUUUCAAUUUUUGUAAAUAAUACUAUAGCUGCUAAUGAAAUGUCGUCAAUGGCUGGGCUAGCAAUGGACAGAUUUGAGGAGAUUUGGGUGAAUUGGAGGCCUCCACCAGCUGACAGGGUGAAGAUUAAUUUUGAUGGUGCUUUUUCAGGAAGUGGUUCUAGAGCUUCUUGUGGUGGAGUAUGUAGGGAUGGGGAUGGCCAUUGGAUUAUGGGCUACUCUCAGAAACUAAACCCGGAAUCAGUCUUGAUGGCUGAACUUUGGGGACUUACAAUUGGACUGGAAUGGGCGUGGAAUCAGCAUUUUAAACGGAUCAUUGUUGAAGGAGAUUCCUUAAUAGGAAUUCAGCUGGUUAGAGAGGGAUGCACUACUUCUCAUCCUUGUUUUGUUUUGGUUUCCAGGAUCAGAAUGCUGUUGUUGAAGGACUGGUUUGUAGAGAUUGAGCAUGUAUAUAGGGAAGCAAAUCAGGUAGCUAACUGGUUGGCUGUGUCUGGUAAUACUGGUGGCUGGGAUACCCAGUGGUAUGAGCGAGUGCCUUCUGGGUGUGAGGAGUUGUUUGAUGAGGAUGUUAAGGUACCUGUUGCUACACAUUCCAUGUUCUCAACUGUUACAGUUUUUAAUGGGCUGAACUUCUCUGAAUGGAAAGAGCAAAUCCAAUUUUACCUUGGGGUAAUGGAUAUGGAUAUGGCUCUUAGAGAAGAGGAACCUGGUGCUAUUACUGAUGAAAGCACUGAGGAUGAAAGGGACCAUUUUAAGAACUGGGAAAGAUCCAACAGAUUAAGUUUGAU